CCGGAAGUGACGUUACAUGUUGUCAUGGCGUCUCACAUGUAAAUCAUCGGGUCUGAAACAUUGAAUUAAACAUCAAAUCGGAGAUUUUACAGGUCGCGGUAAGCUAUCCGACCAUCAGGACCAAAACAAUGAGCACUCAAUACAGCAUUUUGUUCAAGCAAGAACACGCUCACGAUGAUGCCAUUUGGACCGCAGCGUGGGGUAAAAGUGAAGCAGACGGCUCAGAAACCAUCGUCACUGGUUCACUAGAUGACAUGGUGAAAGUCUGGAAAUGGUCGGACGAGAAGCUGGAGCUGCAGUGGACUCUGGAGGGCCACCAGCUGGGCGUGGUGUCAGUGGACAUCAGUCACAACGGAGCCAUCGCUGCUUCCAGCUCCCUCGACGCACACAUCCGCCUCUGGGACCUCGAGUCUGGAAAACAGAUCAAGUCCAUGGAUGCUGGCCCAGUCGACGCCUGGACGGUCGCCUUCUCCCCCGACUCCAAGUACAUCGCCACAGGAAGCCACCUCGGCAAGGUCAACAUCUUCGGCGUGGAAAGUGGCAAGAAGGAGUACUCUCUGGACACUCGAGGAAAAUUCAUCCUGAGCAUCGCUUACAGCCCUGACGGAAAGUAUCUGGCCAGCGGCGCCAUCGAUGGCAUCAUCAACAUCUUCGACAUCGCCACCGGGAAACUGCUCCACACGCUGGAAGGCCACGCCAUGCCCAUCCGAUCCCUCACCUUCUCCCCAGACUCCCAGCUGCUGGUCACAGCGUCCGACGACGGCUACAUCAAAAUAUACGACGUGCAACACGCCAACUUGGCCGGCACGCUGAGCGGACACGGCUCCUGGGUGCUGAACGUGGCCUUCUCCCCGGACGACACUCACUUUGUGUCCAGCUCGUCUGACAAGAGCGUGAAGGUGUGGGACGCCAGCUCCAGAGCGUGCAUCAACACCUUCUUCGACCAUCAGGACCAGGUGUGGAGCGUCAAGUACAACAGCACCGGCUCAAAGAUCAUCUCGGCCGGGGACGACCGGGCCAUCCACAUCUACGACUGUCCCAUGUGACGAGGGACGAGGAGCUCCGUCCUGAUCCUGGACUUCAUCUGGUCGUUAAGGCGGAGGGAAGACGUGAGGCUGUAAAUGUGAUGGAAUAUUUUGCACUGGCCGAACGCGGUCAAUUAAAAGCUUGUUUUUGUAUUUUUGU